AUGAGCGGGAAUCCAGAUCACUUUGAAGGUGGCGUGCCGGUUUUCAUACCAGAUUAUAAUGAGUUCAGGGACUUUUAUAAGUAUAUGAUCCUAAUUGACGAGUAUGGGAUGAAGUCGGGAAUAGUGAAGAUAGUUCCACCUAAGGAAUGGUUGGAUCAAUUAGAAGACCCACCAGCUGUAGAAUUAUUGAAGCAGGUUAAUAUUAGAUCUCCAAUACAGCAGCAUAUUAGUGGUUCGAAAGGUGUCUAUAUUGUACAAAAUGUGGAGAAGCAGAAAACCUAUAAUAUAAUGCAGUGGAAAGAUCUUUCAUUAGACUACCAGCACCCUGAUCUUAGGAAUCGUGCGGGUACGCCGUCGCCGCCUUCAUCUCUGAAACCGCCGGGUUUAAAUGAUGGCGAGCAUGGUGCGACAGGGACAAUAGUUAGUGGUCGAACGAAAUCAACGAAAUUGAAAACCAAGAAUCACGAGGACUUUACGGAUGAAGACUUUAAACAAUUUCAGCCGUACUACAAUGUGGAUAAUAUUGAACAAUAUGACGAGAAUUAUUUGCGAUCCUUGGAACAGUAUUACUGGAAAACACUGAACUUUACUACUCCUAUGUAUGGUGCUGACACGUUAGGGUCAUUGUUUAAAGAUUCUAUGAACGAGUGGAAUGUAUCACGGCUACCGAAUUUAUUAGAUCACUUGGAAGAAAAGGUGCCGGGUGUUAAUCAAUCCUACUUGUACGCUGGUUUAUGGAAGGCGACCUUUGCAUGGCAUCUGGAGGAUCAAGAUCUGUAUUCCAUUAAUUAUCUGCAUUUUGGAAUGCCUAAACAGUGGUAUUCUAUCCCACAGGAGGACUCAAAGAAGUUCUAUAAGUUCAUGAAGGAGCAGUUUCCCGAAGAAUCCUCAAACUGUAAAGAAUUUCUUCGGCAUAAAAUGUUCAUGGUGAGUCCCAAGGUGCUCGAGCGCAAUGGGAUUCGUUGUAACAAUAUUAUACAUCGCCAGCACGAAUUUAUUAUAACAUACCCUUAUGGCUAUCACUGCGGGUUUAAUUACGGUUACAAUCUCGCAGAGUCUGUUAACUUUGCGCUUGAGUCUUGGAUACCGAUUGGCGAAAAAGCAGGUAAAUGCCACUGUGUGGAUGAUACAGUUGGUAUCGAUAUCGCAAAACUUAAGACACUCUAUCAUAAGGCACAAUCGAGAAAUCGGAAAAAUGGUAUUUCGUCUCGUCCGAUUAAAAGAGUUAAAAAGGAGGACAGUAUUGUGGCUCAAACACUGGAUGCGGGAGAUUCUUUGAGGUCAUUCAAUGAGCUGAUUAAUCACUCUGCAUAUGAGUUGCAGGCGAUGGAGGACCAGCCUGGACAACGGGCAAAUAGGUCGAAUACCCCAAAUCAAUACUUUGGUAAUCCAUCUAUUUCUAGAAUGUCUUCGCCUUUACUUUCUAGGAUGAUGGACUUGUCGAAUAUUGUCGAACCAACUUUAGAAGACCCGACAUUAAAGUUUAGGCGCAAAAUUCCUCCGCAGCCAACAUCCAAUGUGGUAGCUCCAAACCCUUCAUCCGUGUUGGGGAACGCAACUAACCCUGUGGUUGGAUCGCCUACUUUGAAAAACGUUCACGAGGAAAACAUGUUGGCAUUAUCGUUAGCUUCAAUGGCAAAUAGUGGAAACUCGUCUCCCAGAAACACGCUACCGCCAUUAAAUAGUGCUGUCGGGAAUUCACGACCUUUUACACCAAAUAGAGAAGCAAUUUUGGCCCCUAGACCAUCAUAUGACCAAAACCCGCUGUCUUACUACUCUACACAGACGACAAAAUCUCCUUUGCCGUUGUUUAAAAGGAUCAGUUCUCCAAACAGAGUAACUUUGAAUAUUUCUCGUGAAUCCUCGCGAUCCCCAGUAUCCUUUGGAUCAGAGUAUACUAAGCUUCCGUCCUCUAAGUAUCACACGUUAAACCCAGGGUCUGUUGCCCUUACCUCUUUGAAUCAAGUAUCAACAAUUGGGAGAGACUCUCCUCCGGAUGCCAGUGUACUCAGUAAAUCAAUUGAGAAGACAAAGUCGAUCGAUGAUCUCACGAGACCAAAGGACAGCAACGGGAUUGUUAAUGAUAAUACUCUCGGUUUACUAACGGGCGAUACAAUUUCCAGUGCAAUAAUGUCGAGAGCAAUGAAGACAGAAAGACCACCUUCGCCCACUUCAAAGAUUUCAGCGGAUGAGAUAAUUAUUUCUGACAAAGGAAAGUCAUACGUGUGUCAAGAAUGUCAACGUCAAUUCUCGUCAGGUCACCACUUAACGAGACAUAAGAAAUCCGUUCAUUCUGGGGAAAAACCACAUUCUUGUCCUAAGUGCGGCAAAAGGUUUAAGAGACGUGAUCAUGUUCUCCAACAUCUUAACAAAAAAAUACCUUGUGUUGCAGAUAAACAUGAAGACUCCGCUACAGCAGCUGUUUGA